CGCAAACAAACCUCACAGAUUCAACUUCUCGGCACAAUAGACAUCCCACCACGUUGUACACGUCUUGGAAGCUGCAGAAGUUAGAGCACCUGCAUGACUUUCAGCCUUGUUAACCUUGACUCGGUCCGAUAACUCAACCUAAAGCCGGAUCAUCUACGAGAUUGAUGAUGGAGGACUUCCAGUCCGAGACCGAUAGCGACUACACAAGCUAUUGGAGAGAUUGGUUUAUCUCAUCCCGCGGAAACGAGUACUUUUGCGAGAUCGAUGAAGAAUACAUCACUGAUCGUUUCAAUUUGACCGGAUUAAACACCGAAGUACAUUACUACCAACAUGCCUUGGACCUGAUCACCGAUGUAUUCGAUCUCGAUUGCGAGGAUGACAUGCGUGAACAGAUCGAAAAGGCUGCACGCCACUUGUAUGGCCUCGUCCACGCUCGUUAUAUCGUCACGACUCGUGGACUCGCAAAAAUGGUGGACAAAUUCAAAAAGGCUGAUUUCGGUCGAUGUCCUCGAGUUUUGUGUGAGAGCCAGGCGCUCCUUCCCUUUGGUCCGAACGACGUCCCACACCAAAAGUCGGUCAAGCUGUUCUGCGCAAAGUGUGAAGACAUCUAUAACCCCAAAUCCUCCCGCCACGCUGCAAUUGACGGCGCCUACUUUGGUUCUUCUUUCCACAAUAUUCUCUUCCAAGUAUAUCCUGCCCUGGUUCCAGCUAAGUCGCGAAGGCGGUAUGAACCCAAAGUUUUUGGAUUUCGUGUUCAUGCAGCAGCGUCCGUGGCUAGGUGGCAAGACGCAGAAAGGAGAGAGAUGCGUGCAAGACUGAAGCAUGCCGGCGUGGUAUCCUCGGAGACCCAACUGUUCAUUGAGGAUGCGGAGAGCAGUGAUGGAGACGGUGACGACAACGAGGACCUCGAAGACAACGGAGACCAGAGAAUGAUCGAUGACAGCCAAGUACCCAUCGCCUCUACUGGUCGAGCCACCGCGUAGAAUGUCACACUCCACAUACUCUAGCGCCAAAAGCUUGAAGCUUGGGGGUUCGAGAGGACGACUUUUGUUGGGCAACUUCGGCGCGCUGGCACAGCCUCCAAGGACGCGUUGCCUUUCGACUUCUUAUUACCAGGCUUCCUCCCUGAUGUGUCGUUUGUUGAAGCUAUUCUACCGGUUGAGAUGUGCGCCCAGCCUGCACUCGAGCAUCGCCGCGAGAUCGAGAAUCCCCCUUGUUCCUCACGCGCCUAUCCGAUCAGGACUCAACAGACACGUGCUCCUCUUUCUUGGUUCCGAGAUCCUUGGGCCAAAGGUUACGAGAGACCAAGCCACUGCCGAGACAUACAGAACCACAUGCGCCUCGAUGCAAGGGACGCGAUCCAAUAUUUCUAGACUUGGUAUUGCUGGGUCAGCGUAAUUAGCCGAUACUAUUAAGUGACACUUCAACCAGCAUGGGGCGGAGAAGGUGUAUGGUUGGACGCUCGCCAUGAUCAAAACACGCGCCUGUAUGAGAGAGCAUCUCUCCAGCAUUGUUUGUUCGGCCUCCAGACUCCUUGAGGACAAUAGCGCCAGAUCAAAAUCUCACUAAAUUCGAGUGAGAAGCGAGAGGCUGCCACACGAGAAUGUUAUAGCUCAGCAGCAAGUAGACGUGGCAGAUCCCGCGUCUAUUCUUCAUUCCUUUUAUUCAUCAAAUGUUGUCAUACCAUUCAUGCGUCAAGAUUAGCUAGAUCGAUGCUGAUGAGCUGUCUCAACAAUGCAAAACGC